CGCUUCCCCUUAAGAUUCAAUCAUCUUCUUCCCAAAAUCCCAAAGCAAAAAACUAAAUAAAAAAUGGAACCUCUUUCCAACGGCAACUCAACCACCGUGACCCCCACCGUCACUUCCACGCCCACAACCACCACACUGCCAUCACUCAACACCACCACCACCACCCCAUCAUCCAAACUGACCGAAUCAUUAAAACUAGAACACCAGUUCCUGCGUGUCCCAUUUGAACACUACAAGAAAACCAUCCGGGCCAACCAUCGUGUUGUUGAGAAAGAAGUUUCUGCCGUUAUGUCUGGUUUGUCUGAUGAUGAUCUUUCCCAAAACGACGCCGUUUUGCAUCUUAAUUCACUUGUUUCUAGAUUACAAGGUCUUAAACGAAAGUUGGAAGACGGGAAUCGAGUUGAAAAUCUUCAAGCGCAACGAUGUAGGGCGAGACUUGAUCACCUCGAAUCUGCUGAUGAUGACAAUAUAUCAGAGUGGAAUAACACACGGUUGAAGCGAGUUUUGGUGGACUAUAUGUUGAGAAUGUCAUACUUUGACACUGCCACAAAGCUUGCUGAAAGCAGUAACAUACAGGAUCUUGUUGAUAUUGAAAUCUUUUACGAAGCCAAAAAAGUUAUAGAUGCUCUACAAAAUAAGGAAGUUGCCCCUGCUCUUGCCUGGUGUGCUGAUAACAAGUCCAGGCUAAAGAAAUCUAAGAGCAAAUUUGAGUUUCAGUUAAGACUUCAGGAGUUCAUUGAACUGGUACGCGGUGAAAACAAUGUUCAAGCUGUUAUGUAUGCACGGAAGUACCUUGCCCCAUGGGCAAAUACAUAUAUGAAAGAGCUUCAGAAAGUUUUCGCCACGGUGGCUUUUACAAGUAAUACUGGAUGUGAAAUAUACAAGGUUUUGUUUGAACCUAAGCAAUGGGAUUACUUGAUGGAUCAAUUCAAGCAGGAGUUUUGUAGGUUAUAUGGCAUGACUCUUGAGCCUUUGUUGAAUAUCUAUCUCCAAGCAGGCUUGUCGGCACUGAAAACUCCAUUUUGUUAUGAGGAAGAUUGUUCAAAGGAGGAUCCUCUGUCCCAAGAAAACUUUCGCAAACUGGCAGUACCAUUGCCCUUUUCGAAGCAGCAUCAUUCGAAACUUGUAUGCUAUAUAACAAAAGAGUUGAUGGACACAGAGAACCCGCCACUUGUCUUGCCAAAUGGCUACGUUUACAGCACUAAGGCUCUCGAGGAAAUGGCAACUAACAAUAAUGGAAAAAUCACUUGUCCAAGAACAGGGUUGACUUGCAACUAUACCGAAGUCACCAAGGCAUAUAUCUCGUAAUAUACAACUACUCAUCUAGGAGGAUGUUUGUUAUCAUUUCUCAAAAUGCAUGCAUAUAUAUGCUAAUCACCUUCUGUCUUCGUAAUUGUUUCUUGUACCUAAACCAAACUAUAAAACUUGCCUUCAUUGGAAGAAAUAUUUAUUUCAAUGUCCAAAUGUACAGUUUGUGCGAAUCAGCCAAAAAAAUACUAGUGUUUUAAUCUAUUGUGAACGACUAGUGGAUACAUUGAUUUAUCA